AUGGCUAAAGGAACUGAUCAUGAGAUGAGGAAUCUUUCAUCUCCAGCCUCACAAUCUCUCAAUGAUGAAAGUACCACAGGAAGCGAAGAACCCAGCAAAUGCUUGCUCGCGGUUUCUGAGAGUGAAGUUGAUUCAGCAACAUCGCUUGCCUUAGAAAUGAAAUAUGCAUUGGAUCCCAACCGACAAAUCAAGAAGAGAAACAAAGCCCUACAGGUGAGAUUCAAAGACAUCUGCGAGGCCCAGAAUGAGCAAAGGGAAAAACAACUCUCUUUGUUACAGCAGGGUGACCCAAAGGAAGCCAAACCCAUCUCUUACAGAGCAGCUUACCGAAAAUACAUGACCGUUCCUGCCCGGAGAUCAAUCCCUAAUGUUACUAAAAGUACAGGAGUUCAGACUUCGCCUGAGCUUAAAAAGUGUUACCAGACCUUCCCUUUGGACCGGAAAAAGGGAAAUAUAAUCAAAAGCAUAGCUUCGGUGGACGCUUUUCCAAGUCAAAACAACGGAUUCCUAAUUGACGUUAAAGAGAAAGACAGCAAAAUCUCAGGAGAGGCUCUUCAGUGCAGCAAGAAAGUCAGCGGAUUUGUGACAGCUGAAUUUAUUUCACAUACUAAUGAACGCAUCAACGCAAUAGAGCUGCCUUCUAAGGACAACGGUUUGGAGACAUGUAUAAGCGCUGAUUUGCACAGCUGUAGUAAAGAACCUCCUUCUCUACAAGAGUCAGCAGCUUCGGUUUUGGAAGAGCCUGAUUACCAGCUGCAUGACAAAGCAAAACACCACACUGGGCCACUGAGGUACGAGGAAACUAAUCCAGCCAGCCAAGGGAAAGUGUUCAAGACAGAAGUAGCUUCGGUCUAUUUGCCUGCAUCUGGUUCACACACCUCACUGGCUGACCAGCAGCAUUCGGCAGCAACGGGGAAUGACUGGUCCCUGUGUUCAGCCGAGGAGGAGGAAAGGAAAAGAACUCUGCAUCUUAACGGUCUGCAGUCCCAAGCUGUAAGUGCAGCUCAGGCCUGCCCCGCGCAGGCACCGUGCCAGUCUACCCAAUGUAAUGAACAGACCCUUCAGGUAAAUGUUUCACCUAUGGAAGGGAAACAGCCUUGUCAGACAGCAGUUGCUGUGAGUGAAGGAUGUCAACAAAUUGUGCCUCACACUGAAGUGGUAGAUUUGAAAGCACAGUUGCAGAUGAUGGAGAAUCUGAUCAGCUCCAGUCAGGAAACCAUAAAGGUCUUGUUGGGUGUUAUUCAGGAGUUGGAAAAAGGAGAAGCUCAUAGAGAAGGAUAUUGUUCCAAGGGGAAAAACUUUAUGUCGAAAUCGGACCUUGACUAUGUAAUGAAAGCUUCUUCUCAUUUGUUGAGACUUGACCCAUUAAAGCUUUCAUAUCGGACUGGUCAAGACACAUCCAAUUGUGACACAUGUAGGAAUAGUGCGUGUAUAAUCUAUAGUGUGGAAUUAGAUUUUAAGCAGCAAGAAGACAAACUCCAGCCAGUUCUGAGAAAACUUCACCCUAUUGAGGAAACUCAGGUUGCACCCUUGCCUUAUUCUCAGGAGAGUUACUCCUCAACUCCCAAGCAAAAAUCCAAAACUGAAUCAAAAAAGCAUGGAAGAUGGAAACUCUGGUUUCUUUAA